AUGCUUACAAAAAGUCAUACGGGUUGUAGGCUAUUGCAUGAUUAUUAUCUCCUUUCUGUCCCUCCAGUCACCUACUUUGCAAUUCCGAAAUAUAGAUCAAAUAGUUAUCGCUUUAUAGCAACAAACCUGGCGAAAACAACAGAUGAUGAAGUGAAGAAAAAAGAGCAGGAACCAGUUUCGUCUCCUACAAAAAUUGCAGAGAACGAUUUAUUGCCUGAUAUAAUAAAUCUUAAAAAAGGUCCAAUUGUGACUUCCUCAGAAUAUUUCAUUGAGAGUUCUCGAUCUUCUCUAUUCAAAGGUUACUCUAAUGAAUACCAUUUUCUUGCAAUUCAAGAUAUAGUGUCUGAUUUUGAGCAGCGCUUUAAAGAAGAACUUAGUUCACGCUUGCAAUACUUACGUCGAAAAGACCUCAAAUCUGAACUACUUGAUUUUAUUGAAAGGAAGAAAUAUGCAUCGAAUCAAUCGGAUAAGAGGUUUUCCCAGAAAGAAACCGAUAAGUUUUUUCAGCAAUUGGUUCAGCAACUUGUCGGUAAGAAAAUAAUAACUAAUCAAACGAUGGUAAAACAGUAUGAAUUAGAAAGAUUACUUCGGAUACUGGAAAAUCAUCACAGUGUUAUUGAUACAAUUAUUGAUAUGCGUCGGAAAAGAAUAGCACCAUCUAUUUAUCAAAAUAAUAAAAGCAAAAAAAGUAUAUUUUCUUGCAUAAGAAUAUGUUACUUGAAUCGACACUUAAAAAGUAAUACGCAAAGAGCUGCAAUGCGAAAUACCUUUCCAGUUCUUGUUAAAUUUUUAGGGCAGAUGCCUUCACCUUUAAUAUAUGCAAUUCGACCUUUGGAUAUGAGAAAGUUAUCCGCAAUAUUUAAAUCCGCUAUAGUCGAUUUGAAACUUGAACUCUCAGCAGAUCAAUUAUACAAAGUCAAAUCUUAUUAUGAUGAGCUUAUUUCCGGUCGGUAUGGUUUGAAUUAUGAUGAGUUUGAAACGUAUUGUGCUCUUCUAAAUUCAAAUAGAAUAGACAAUGGUGGUAUAGUCUUACCUUCAUUAUUCAGGGCAAUUCAGUGUUUACUUGAAAUUAAAAUUAAACUCAAUCAUAAUUAUAUUGGCCCAAUUUUAGCCAUACUGACAAAUGAAGAUGAAUUGGAUGAGCUCCUUAAGUUUUUGGGCAAUUGUCGGUGUUUAAACAGGGAUACGUUGCUUCCAAUUUUGAGUAAGAAGUUGGAAUUUCGUAGUGAGCAAAAAGAUGUUUUAUCAUUUGCAGCUCUUCUGAAAUCUUUAGACCGAUUUUAUACAAUGAGGCAUAUUUCUGAAAAUGGUACAAUGUUAUCACUUUUCAGGAGUUUUCUAUCCUGUGGGUUUUAUUCAUCUGCAAAAAGGAUCCUUACAAUGCUCGUAACAAUUGGUCCAGACCCUUUAGAAGAUCUUGACGAAGAACAAUUACGACUUGUUAAAAAAUUAAGCACCGUCUCGCGACAUCUGAACGCAUGUAUUCUAUCAAAUUUGAAACCAACGGCUGCAAUAUUUGAUGCAUUUUUGUGCUAUCUUUGUGAAUUUACCAAUUCAUGGAAUCAGAUCAAAGAUAUUUUUGAAUUAUCGUAUCAAAGUCAUGUACAGUUGUCAGAAAAAACAAUAUGGCAUUUAUUUAUGAAUGCAACUGUAUCAGGUGACAAUAUCGAAGAGUUAAAACAACUUAUGUGUGAUUACGCCGAAAAUUAUACCUCUUCGCCUAUCAUCCAAAAGCAGGAGUUUAUUGUUUUAACAGGUAUUUUUCAAAAAUUUGGUGAUCAAAACUUCGAAAAGAAGCUUCCGUACUUCGAUGAAGGAAUACCACGGGUUAACAUGGUAAAGCGAUUAUUGGCUAUUUACAAUACUAGAUAA